UUUAAAUAUCCAAUAGAUGGACCAGCAUCUCCAAAGAAGUUCAAGAACGUCCCUGAGCUUGGCAGGUGCUCCUCUGUGUCCUCUGAGUGGGCCUUGGUAAGAGUUAUCCCAGAGGAAGAGAUGACGGAAAACAACCUUCUGGCUGUCCGGGUUAUGGUGACCAGUGAUGGAAGCAGCUCAGAUCUAGAGCCUGGUUUUGAUGGGGACGCAUCUAUCUCUGAAAGUGAUGAAGGGCUGUUCCCAUUGCCUGCGCCAAGGACCGGUGCCCCAACCCUACGAAAGCCUCUGUUACGGAACACAAGCUUGGGGAAGAAGGAAGAAGGGCAUGAACAGUCCAAGGCUGCAAAUGCUCUCCAGCGAGCCCACAGCCUUCGAGAACCUUCUGCAUCAAAAAAGUACCAAAACUGGAAGAAGAAAAUUCAGUCAAAUUUUCCUCUAUUGUACAACAAGAAAAAUGGAUCAUCUUCAAAGGAUACCUCUGCCUGUGUUCAAAGUGACUUUAAGGAUGAGGUCUUUCAGACGGAGCUGACAUCUCCUGACAAGAGUCCAGAAAUUACAAGAGGACAUUUCAAGCUACACAGCCCAGCAUUUCAAAGGGAAGGAAAAGCCAGAGAUAAACCUAGUGAAAUUGCAUCCUAUGUUCCUCACUAUUCACUCUACAACUGCCCUGAUAGCUUUCCAUUGGCACAUAGCAAAUCCACUUGUCACGUUGAUCUGACUUCAGCUCUCAGUUACCCUCAGCUUGAAGGCAAGGAUUACAGAACUGAAGGUGCACAUUUAGGAAACUGGGUGAUGAAUAGUGAGCCACUGAUCUCUCAGUUGUAUACAAAGAAUUCAGGGGUGUCCUCUGCAGACCCUGAUGAUGGAGAUAAGAAUGCCAAAGAGCAUCAUGACAGACAUUUGAACAAAGCUGAAAACAAGAUAAUGAGGAGGUUGACACUUUCAAUGGAUCAGAAGCCCAGAAGACUUGCUCUGGAUGAUGCUGAGCUAGAUAUUACAAGAACGGAACACGACUGCCAAGGAAUUCCAGACAAGAAGAAUGCUUAUUUUAACAGAUAUGAGAACAUACCAAAACAAUCCAGUUGUGGUCAAUCUCAGAAGUUCUCCGAUAACCAUUCUCCAGUUCUGUCUCCUGGACAGACACUUUCAAAGAAUGUUGGUGAUUAUCCCAAAGAACACACUGCCACCCAGCCGAAAUCACAACUGAGGUUAAUUGCCAAAGCUAUAAAGAAAUCCAUCAUAGAGCCUCUUACUUCUCCUCCAGCAGGUUUGAAAAGGGCCCAGGACACACAUGCCAAAUUUCCUUUGGAAAGCACAUUUUUCAAUUUCCCACAGGCCCUGGUUCGCUCUGCUAGUCUCAGAUGCAGCAAGAAUCAUGGAGACUAUAAUGUACAAACCCAGGAGCUCAGUGUGUUGGAUGAUGCAGAAAAAAGACUUGGAACAAGGAGCUCAGAUGGGUCUCAUUUUUCCAGCAGUCCAAGAGAGGAAUAUUCAUGUGUUGACAAAGGCACGUCUUUUCCUGUUUACAGUGCGCAUAGCAGCCCUUCUCAGAGUCUUCAUAAACCCGAACAUUCCUCUUCUACCAAUGCUGAUGAUGUGCCAAAACUUCUAGAAAGGUUUACCCUUAAAGAGAACCUCUGGAAGUCUGCCAGGGAUGAGUGGUGUGCUCACAAUCAAAAGAACACCCGCUAUUCAUCUCUAAGACAGAGGAACAAAAACGCUGAUGCCGUUUUGGAUGGUCCUGAACAGAGGAACAAUGUGUGGAACCUAUUCAGCAGCUUUAGGAAUAAAGUAGACGUCAAAGUUAAAAGCCCUGUGUCACCUUGUACCAUCUUUGAUGUUGAUGAAGUACUAAAUAGUUCUUCCAAAGGAGAAUACUUGGGUUCUGAACAUUUACCUGCCAGAAAACAAGUUGUUGACUAUUGCUCUUCAUCCUCUGACAGCGAAUUAGAAUGCAGGUCUUCGUUGCCACGCAAGACAAAAAGAACUCUGAGAAGAAACAGAAAGUUGGAAAAGGAAACAAAGCAACUGGUUAAACAAGAGGAACUAAAAAGGCUCCAUAAAGCACAGGCUAUCCAGCGACUACUGGAAGAAGUGGAGGAAAAGCAGCGAGCUCUGGAGGUGUAUGGUGUUCAGCUAGAGAGGGAACUACGAGGAGAAUCAGAUUCAAGCACACAAGAUGAAACUCAGCUGUUACAUGAAUGGUUUGAGCUGGUAUUGGAGAAGAAUAAAUUAAUGCACUAUGAAUCUGAACUGCUGAUCAUAGCCAAAGAGCUGGAAUUCGAGGAUCAUCAAAACUAACUGGAGAAGAGAGAGGGAGAAAUGACCUUGAUGGUUCCAGGACAGAAUGCUGGGAGUGGCCAAAUUCAUCACCCACCUUGCCAGCCCUUCAACCAUCGAGCUGCAGCCACACCCCACCUGACAGAGAUAGAUUUAGGAGUUGUGACCAGUGGAGGAAAAAGAUGAAAAGCAGCACUUGGGGAGUUUUAGAAAGGGAAUACAAAUUCUGAACGUUGUACACACUGGCGCCAGGCAAAUAUUUUCCUUUCCAGCAUAGUGACCACCAGCACUGCAAGAUCAUGUUGAAAAUGUUAUUGAAGAGGAAAGCCCUGCAUGCUAUGACCGCCAUGAGAAGAAUGGUGUUCUCCUUACAUCAACAUAUGCAAAAAGAGUAUGCAUGUCUUAUCUGAUAUGCAUCCAUUGUGGAAAUUGAUGUCCAAAGGGUUUAUUUUUUUUCACUUCUUGGUGUUUAAAUUCUGAGUGUUCUUGAAAGUCACAGAACUAUAGUAUUGAUUUAGCUGAAAUCUGUAUUUGUGUUUGUUCCUUCUGCAUGCUUUACUUCAUGAAUAUGUCACAAAGCAAAGUGUUACAAUUUUUAAAACAAGCAUCACCCGUAUAAUAACACAUUGACCUCAAACACAAUUUCUUGUAGUGGAAGAAGAUAUUCUUUAAAUUACAGAUUAUAUGUGUACAUUGUAAGCAGCAGAAAAGGUGUUAGUGCUUUUUUAAGCAAUAUAAUUCACAAACGUUGUAUGUACAGAAUAGAAGGGGCUGUGUCUACUAAAUAAGAUUUAAUACUGCACAGUGGUAAAUAUUUUCAAUUUGUGCUGCUGAAUUAUCAAAGGGAUCCUCCCAAAGAAAAUGUAGAGGGAUCAAGUGAAACUUCUACAGCUUGCAACCAAAGAUGGUGAUGGAAUACACUGGCAGAAAUAUAUGCAGUAUUGCAGUGGAUUUUACAUGGUGCUUUCACACCAUGAAUUGUACCACUUUGUGAUCCUUAGUUUUGUGUAAAAGUCAAAUAUGCUGCACACAAUCUCAACACAAAGAUGGGUCACCUUCUUGUAAUGCCUGUAUUCACUAGAA